GAAAUCUAGCUCCAAGUCCAGAGCCCAUGGAGAGCCUAUGAUGCGUCAUGAGAGGCUUCGCAGCACGCCAUGGUUGGUGGUUGGUCGCCGCCACGUGGCUGGUCGAUGUGACCUUGGAAGCUUCGGUGCCCAAACUACCAGCACGGUCGCACCGGCCCAAGCAACAACUGGGGCAAAGCUAUUUGUCUGACCCCAACACCGUGGCCAAGAUUGUCAGAAGCUUUGAGAAGGCAGUUCACGAGCGAGGCGGAUCUUCGACUUCGGCAGUGUUGGAAUUGGGUCCUGGGCUCGGGGCCUUGACGCAGCUCUUGGUGUCGUCCUUCCCUCGCAUGGUGGCAGUGGAAGUGGACCCUCGUGCAGUUGAAAUCUUACGUAAAGAUCUGCCAAAGCUGGAGGUGCGCCUCCAGAACAUGUUGAAACUGAACUAUUCGGAACUUCUCCUGGAGAUGGGAGGACCCUGUUUUGUGGUCGGCAACUUGCCAUACAGCAUCACCACAGAGGCCCUUCUGUCCUUGGUGCUUUCUCCCCGAUCCAUCCGCUUUGCCCAAGUCAUGGUCCAGAAGGAGGCUGCUGAGCGCAUGGUGGCGCCGGUGGGUUCCAAGGACUACAGCGUUUUGUCAGUGAUGCUCCAAGCCUUUGCCAGGCUGAGACAGUUGUACCUGGUUCCUCCCACAGCCUUCUAUCCACAGCCGAAAGUUGUCUCAGCUGUGGUGGAACUGGACUUUGACCACCCAACUACUGAGGUUGAUGUGGGAGUUUUAUUGGAUGUGGUAAAGGAGAGUUUCCGGCAGCGGAAACGGGCAUUGAGACACAGCUUGAAGGGCUACCUGCAGAAGCGACGUCUCUUGCACUUCGGCGGGCAUAGUUUUUUCUCUCUUAGGCUGGAGGCCACCGCUCUGAGGCUGGAGGCCAUCGCUAGUAGGUGGGAGGCCAUCGCUAGUAUAGGUUAGUAGGAACAAGAAGCUACUAGGGGCUCCUGGCCUUACUACUAGGAGCAACGGCUCCUGGCAUCGCUACUAGUAGCAAGAAGGCUAGUAGGUUGGAGGCCUGAAACGAGGUCUUGUGUCCUUCGGGCCCUGGGACACUAAGGCGGACAGUGGAACACUCAAAUGUCCUCAAUCGUAGUCAGAUGAAGAAACCGAAGGGGCCUGGGUUUGAGCUGCUUUUGUUUAAACCGAAGUCCACAUCUCAGCGCACAUGAGAGACAUGGACACUUGAAAACACUUCAAGUCCCAUGUAAAGAGACACAACAAUACACUUG